AUGGUCACUCGCAAUCGCAUGGAUUAAAUUAGAUUAUUUACGAGUAUUUAAAUCCUUAUUUCCUGAUUCAUCAUGUGCGCUCCAUAGCAUUGCUGUGAAAGGGUCUCCUAAAGGCAGUAUGAGCCGUGUGCUGAAAUCCUCGGCUUUUUAGUAGAAGCAUUUUCCGUCAUGAUCUGGAUAACCAGAUUUUAAUGGGAAUCUCCAUUUCUAGCCCAAAAGUCAAAAUUGCCCAGCCCUGCCUGGUUUAGGUCAAUCAUAUCUAGACUAGCCCUUUAAUCUUGGUCUAGCCUGUCUUCCUUUUUCCCUCAACCAUCUCCAAAGAAAAAAAUCAGCAGGCUUGCACCGGCUCGGGGCAGGUCAAUAAACCUCUUACACAUCGUAAGUCGACUUACACCCAUUUUGGGCUCGGGUGCUGCUGAUAAAAACUGCAGCUCAAGCCAGGCCAAAUCAGCGGAAAUAGUGCUGGGCCUCGCUCUUCGAGGCUGACCCAACCUUGGGUAGCUCUUUGCAUCAAAAACCACAUCCAAUAUACAUAAGUGCACCCGCCAUUGGAGGAUAGGUCUCGCCACCAACCAUUUUAUUAUAUGCAAUCGCAUGGAUAAAUACCAAAAACUCGAAAAGAUAGGAGAAGGCACUUACGGAGUCGUAUACAAGGCGCGUGAAACAGCCACAGGCGACUUAGUCGCUUUGAAAAAAAUCCGACUGGAAACAGAAGACGAAGGAAUUCCCAGCACUGCAAUUCGAGAAAUUUCCCUUCUGAAAGAGCUAAAACACCCUAACAUUGUACAGUAAGAGUUUAUUUAGACUCUAUGAUGUAAUUCACACAGAGCGUAAACUAACACUGGUGUUUGAAUUCCUCGACCAAGAUCUAAAAAAGCUAAUUGAUGCAUAUUCUGGGCAAGGCUUAGAUAUCGCAACUACAAAAUCCUAUCUAUUUCAAUUACUUCGUGGUGUCGCUCAUUGUCAUGCCCAUAGAGUCCUUCAUAGAGAUUUGAAGCCUCAGAAUUUAUUGAUAAAUAGAGAAGGAGCUUUAAAAUUGGCGGAUUUUGGCCUGGCAAGAGCUUUUGGGAUCCCAGUAAGGAGCUAUACUCAUGAAGUGGUGACUUUGUGGUAUAGACCACCAGAUGUCCUGAUGGGAAGCAGAAAUUAUAAUACUUCUGUGGAUAUUUGGUCAGUCGGGUGUAUUUUUGCUGAAUUGCUUAAUGGAAAACUAGGCUCCGUGUCAAAUCACCGUCCAUUUUCGGUAGAGAGGCGUUUCCUAGGUGAAAUUUUUUCGAAAAGUUUUGAUAGUAAUGCAUUUAACCAAAAAAUCGUUCAAUUUCAACCAAAUGCUUGCUAUUUAAAAAUUUUAGACUAAAUUUUCUUCGGUUAAAAGCAUAUUAUUAAAAGUGCACGAUAUUGAGCCUUAACUUGGAAAACCACACUAAAAUGAAGUGGCGAAUAAACCUGCCCUCUUAAUACCUUUAGCCAGACAGGAUUCUGGGGACUUGUGGAAGGAAGAGCAAUGUGCGGUGAAAGUGUCUGGCUGGAUUUUACUUGGUUUGGUGAAGAGCAUUGUCUGGCUCACCGACCACAUGCUCACAUCCAGGGCAUAGCUUUAUCUUGAGGGAGUAUGGAACAGAAGUUAGAAAGAGAUAGCACAGCAAGGUCAGAGAGCUUUUGCUUGGUCAAUCAACAUUUCUAAUGCAAUCUAGGAAUUGUGUCCUGGGCUGCAAACUUCAUUUGGGCUAUUAGCCUGACAAAAAUUCACUUUUUGAAUUUUUGGAAAGGGCAACUCCGCUCCCGUACUGCACGAUGACCAGCAUCCUUACCUCUGUAAGACUUCGUCUGGAGGGAGCCACACAUACCUUUUAGCUGUGCAAUAGGACUAAUAAGCAAGAAGAUAGAGCAAGACAAGGGACGAGAAAGGCCGACAUGACUGGAAGGGAGGUUCUCGAUAAUAUCUAAGUUAAGUUAAAUGGAAAACCACUGUUUCCAGGAACAUCAAAUAACGAUCAGAUUAGAAAAAUUUUUAAGGUGAUGGGAACACCCUCAGAAGAAACGUGACCAGGUAUAAGCCAAUUGUCGGAAUAUAAUCGAAAUUUCGAAAGAUUUCCAGGGGAAGAUCUAAGGGCCCUUGUGCCGAGGCUUGAUGAUGAAGGGUAUGAUUUGCUGAAUAGAAUGCUGCAGAUUAACCCAAUUAAUAGAAUUAGUGCUGCUGAAGCAUUAAACCAUCCUUAUUUGAGGGAUGUGCCAGAUUCAAUCAGGGAUAUGAGGUAA